GAGAGCAAAAUGGCGGCGCGCUUGUCUCCGCGGGCAGCCGGGUUACUCCGGUGUCUUUUAAAGAAUCAUAAUGUGUCUCUCAAACAGGAAUGGUUUACAGCCAAUGUUAAACACUCCGCAAGAGGCUACGUUGUAAAUGUGGCUCCCGCAGCCUCCCACCAUGUCGGGGACGCGCCCGGGGAUGAGCGCGCGCCCGAGUGCGGCGGCGGCCCCCUCGCGCACUACAGCCGCCUCGUGCGGGAGGGCGCCCUGCGCGAGGACCAGCAGCAGAAGGCGGUGAUGCAGCGCUUGGAUGAGAUGCAGAAGGUGCUGAAAACGUACAGCAACAGGCGCGCAUCGCUCCUGUCCAAGCUUUUCGCAAAACCCCAGACACCCAAAGGCAUCUACAUUUACGGUGAUGUUGGCACUGGGAAAACAAUGGUAAUGGACAUGUUUUAUUUACAUGUAGAAACAGACAAGAAAAAGAGGGUUCAUUUCCAUGGAUUUAUGCUGGAUGUACACAAAAGGAUUCAUCGUCUAAAACAAAGCCUACCAAAGCGCAAAGCUGGGAAAAUGGCCAAAUCCUAUGACCCCAUCGCACCUGUUGCCAUGGAAAUCAGCGAGGAGGCCUGCCUCUUGUGCUUCGAUGAAUUUCAGGUCACCGACAUUGCAGAUGCCAUGAUUUUGAAACAGCUCUUUGAGAACCUCUUCAAGAAUGGGGUGGUUGUAGUGGCGACGUCUAAUCGGCCUCCAGAAGACCUGUAUAAAAAUGGGCUCCAGAGGGCUAACUUUGUGCCUUUCAUCGCCGUGCUGAAGGAAUAUUGCCAAACAUUGCGCUUGGACUCUGGGAUUGACUACCGGAAAAGCGAUCGUCCUGCUGCUGGAAAACUGUUCUACCUCACAAGUGACGCUAAUGCUGAGGCUAUCCUGGACAAAAUGUUUGAUGAGCUGGCACAGAAACAGAACGACAUUACUCGACCACGAAUGCUGAAAGUACAAGGCAGAAAACUGAAGCUGAACAAAACCUGUGGGACCAUUGCAGACUGCACUUUCGAGGAGUUGUGUGAUAGGCCAUUAGGUGCCAGUGACUAUUUGGAAAUAUCGCGGCUGUUUGACACAGUCUUCCUUCGGCACAUUCCCUUGCUGACGCUGAACAAGAAAACGCAAGCAAGACGCUUCAUUACUCUCAUUGACGCCCUUUAUGAACAUAAGGUGCGAGUGGUGAUACUGGCUGAGACUCCUCUAGAGAUUAUUUUUGUUCAGGAGCAACCUAACCAUGAUGAUGAAAAUCAUAGAAUUCUAAUGGACGACCUGGGACUGACUGGGGAUUCAGCGAAAGACCUCGCCAUCUUCAGUGGUGAGGAGGAGAUCUUUGCCUUCCAGCGGACCAUCUCUCGUCUUACAGAGAUGCAAACGGAGCGCUACUGGACUGAGGGCGAAAGGAGCGUCACAUAGUUGAUGACUUCAGCUGUUCACAUCCUCUCGUAACCAGCAGCUGGCAGCGCUUUGUCAGCGGGACAGGCAAUGAAACCUGCACAGUAUUUAUUAAGAAAGUCCAUAAUAACAUGACAGUUCUUUUGCACUUUAAAAAAUAUGAACCAUCUGCAAAUUUUAUUUGAUUUUAAGGUAUUUUUUAAAUCUGUGUUUGUGGUAGUACAGCGUAGCAUAUUUAUGCUAUAUACAAUGUAUAUGAUAAUUCUUAUCCUAUUCACAGGGCUCCAAUUGAAAUGGUGCUUUUACACAUGAUUUUUGUAUUAUUUAUGAGAGAUUCUUUACUCCCUGGUGUUUGACCCAGCCAACUCGCAGCUGUUCCAGGUGCCUCAAAGAUUGACGGUGUACUCCUGUCAUACACUCCCUGCCAAGCUUCUUUGCACUUUGGUUCCUUUCUUCACACACUAUGGGUCACAAGAAUCCAUAGCCUUCUGAGACCCAGAGAUUCAGUUUUGUCAUGUUUAUACAGACGGUUCCCGACUUACGAUGGUUUACAUGCCAAUAAACCCAUCGUAAGUAGAAAAUGCA